CUCAGAAGUCUCGGCGGCUUUUGAUGAUAAGUUUGGUUAUGUUUACAACUUCACAAUAUUUGGAAUUUGCAAGAGUUCCUGUUACUUUCAGAAAUAAAGAUUGAAGGUGUCUAAACAAACUUCUUACAAUGGAUGUAAAAUUAGAACAUGAAGAACUUGUACCUCCAGAAGAAUUUCCAUUCCCAUUUGAACCGUAUAGUAUCCAGAAGGAUUUCAUGAAGAAUCUGUUCCUAAGCCUUGAACAUGGAAAACUUGGGAUCUUUGAGAGUCCUACAGGAACAGGUAAAUCUCAGAGUUUGAUAUGCGGCUCCCUCAAAUGGCUGCUUGAACAUGAAGAGCGACAGAAGAGACAGCUAGCCAAUCAGAUUGCCAAACUGACAAUCAGUGAUGAGAGUACAGAUAAAGCCUGUGAUUGGAUAAAAGCACAGGCCAAGCAACUGGAGAAAACGCAUUCCAAGAGACAGCUGCAAAUUCAACUCGAUACCAUCACCAAAAAAGAGGAAAGGUUACAACUGUUGAAGAAAACUGUUAGAGAAAAGAAAAUAGCUGAAAGAAAAAUGGAUAAUGCCAGAGUGCAAAAGGUGAAACACGCCAACGAAAAUGAAUGUAAUGACGUAAUUGAAGAAAUGGACAAAGAAAAAGAUGAUUAUUUGUUGGAAGAUGAUACUGAGGCACAAAAGGCUGAAGAUCCUGAUGAAGCAGAUGAAGAGGAUGGUCCAACAGAUGUGCAAAUAAUAAUCUGCAGCAGAACCCAUUCACAACUGUCACAGCUUGUGGGAGAAAUCAAGAAGAGUCCGUACCAUGACAAAGUUCGAAUUGUAGUGCUGUCGUCUAGAAAUAACUAUUGUAUCAAUCCUUCAGUACGGAGACUGGGAUCAUUGGCACUUAUUAAUGAAAGAUGCUGCGACCUACAGAACAAGAAACGCGACAAGACAACGGCAGUGAACGAGGAGGGAGUGGGGGUGAAGAAGUCGCGACACAAUGUGAGCAGGGGGGGUUGCCCCUACCGACCCCCCGCCCCCUUGCUCGGCCAGGAGACCCUCUGUGACGUCAUGGAUAUGGAGGAUGUCCUAGCAAGGGGAAAGGCCAUCAAUGCAUGUCCCUACUACGCUGCUAGGUCGGCUGUCCAAGAUGCUCAGCUAGACCGUGCUCAUAAACAACUGGUUUCAUACCGAGACAAAUACAAGACUCGAUUCACUGCUUCGAAUAUUCUCAACUUGAACCAGCUUAUAUUCGUGGUGAACCGACUCAUUCAACUCAUAAAACUUGAUCCGAAAAAAGACAACCAAGAUGACGCCAAAGUGAUGGUGAUGUAUGAUUUCCUCCUGAAUGCAUGUAUUGAUAAUUUAAAUAUGUACAAUUUAUUGAACUUCUGCAAGCUAAGUAAGCUGACUCAAAAGCUCCAAGGAUUUGUUCAGAAUCACGAUUUUUCGAAAGAGAAAUUAAGCAAUACACCAAAAGAUGAGAAUAAAACCAGCGGUCUCCAGUCAUUUCUGAAAGAAAUUCAGGCAUCAUCAAAUAAGAAGAAAAAUUCUAAAGUUGAGCCAGUACCCGCUGCCAACAUUGAUAAAUCAGCUGACGAGAAACCUCACGAUGGCAUGGCUUCCAACGCGAUGCCAGCUGUGGAGGCAUUCCUGGAGUGUCUGACCAAUCCAUGCGAGGAUGGCAGGAUCAUUGUGACUCCAACCACCAGUUCACAGGCGGGCAGUAUCAAGUUCCUCCUGCUCAAUCCGGCUUCCCAUUUCGUCGAUGUUGUCACAGAAGCCAGAUCAGUGGUAGUCGCAGGUGGCACAAUGAAGCCUAUAGCCGAGUUCAGAGACCAGCUUUUCGGUGGAGCUGGGGCGAACAAAGAUCGAAUUUUGCACUUUUCUUGCGGUCAUGUUGUCAGCCCUGAUCGCAUCCUGCCCAUUGUGCUGACCAGUGGGCCAACCAAACAAACUUUCGACUUUUCCUACGGCAACCGGGAUAGCACUGAUAUGUUGAACGAGCUAGGACGAGUUCUAGUCAAUCUCUCAAAUAUUGUUCCAGCUGGCAUUGUGUGCUUCUUAACCUCCUACGGAUAUGAAAAAACUGUGAUCAAUCAUUUGGAAAAGACUGGAGUUUUGGAGAAAAUCGCUGUCAAAAAGAAGAUAUUCCGAGAACCCAAGAAGUCAAACCAAGUUGAAAAAGUUUUACAAGACUACGCCAAAACAAUUAAAACCGCUUCUAGCGGUGUUACAAGCUCAAAAGUGAACGGUGCUUUAUUGUUCAGUGUUGUUGGUGGAAAGUUGAGUGAAGGUCUAAAUUUUUCCGACGACCUUGGAAGAUGUGUGAUACUAUUUGGACUUCCUUACCCCAACAUCAAAUCGGCCCAACUUCAAGAGAAGAUGUCGUAUCUGUCUUCAGUCUACGGAAACAAAGCGGGUGAUGAACACUACGAGAACCUCUGCAUGAAAGCGGUAAACCAAACCAUAGGACGUGCAAUUCGCCAUAUGGGAGACUACGCCACCAUAUGGUUGGUAGAUAAGAGAUUCUCAAGGCCGACGAUACAGUCUCAACUGCCGGAAUGGAUUCAAACGUCGCUGGUCUCUGAGAGUCUGUUCGGUCCUGCUGUGGGAGCCACUGCCAGGUUCUUUGCAAAGAGGAAGAAGAGUUAAUGUAAUUAUCACUUCAUUUAUUUAUUGUAAACAAUCCUACCAAUUAUUAUGUUUAAUUUAUGUAAGCUUUGUUUCUUAUCAAUGAUUUGCGUUAUUUUAAAAUUAUUUUUAUUUUCAUCUAAUUUAGUUACCUGUGUUGUAAUUUGCCUUUAGAGAAUUGAACAACUUUAAUCCGCUGAAUUAUUCUACAAUAAUCACGUCUAUAUAAAAUUGAUACAUCUAUAUCAUUACAUGUUUGAUACAUCUAUAGUACGGUCCACGUUAUAAUGUCAGUAUUUGAUUAACAUUGGUCUUGCUAUCCUUGUCUAUCAUUCGAUAAAGCUGAUAGCGCUAUCCUUUUCUAGCUCCACAACGCUACCAGAUCGUUAUUCAACAAUUUAGAAAUAUAAUCUGGCAAGGCAGAGAAUCAACAACGCCGUUCUCGUAUCCUUUUUCACUGCCAUUAUAACGUGGACCUCACUAUAUAUCUGUAUUGCUUACCUUAUCCAAUAAAUAAAUAUCAAAUUCAGAGGUAUAGUUGAGUGAACAAUUUUCCAAUAGUGAACAAUCUAUUGAAUCUAUUUUAUAAUACAAUUCAUUAUUCACCGUAUAUUCUUUAUCAAAUUAAUUCAGUAAUACAGCUUAAAGCAAGCUUUGCUCAGAGCUUAGCAUGAAAUAAUCUUCUGGUGAAUAAGUCAAUAUCACACUAUCAUUAUACAAUUUGUAAUCAUGUAUAAAUUGAAAUACCUAUCAUCAUCAUAAUCAUCAUCCAUCAUGGACUAGGCUUGUAAAGCCUGUUCCAGUGUCCACCGCUUCUGAUAUGUCUCUUUUUCCAUCCAACUGCAACUUCCAAGCUUGUUGUACCUAUUUAAAAUAUGAAGGUAUUUAUUGAAACCCUACUCAGCACUUUAACCAUGAAGAGAAUAAAGACCUAGGCUAGUUAUUUAUUUUUUAUGCUGUAUGUUUUAUUUUUAUGCUUUAUGUUUUAUUUUUUAUGCUUUAGGCUAUGUUUCAUUUUUAUCCUUUUUGUUCUGUUUAUUUUUUUAUUGAUGUGAUAAUAAAUAAUUAUUGAUUUAUAUUCA